UCUCUCUCUUUCUCUCUUUCUCUCUCUUUCUCUCUUUCUCUCUUUCUGUCUGGAUCUUUUGAUCAUCGUUCGCGAUGUGGAAAGUCUUGCUUCGAAUAAUAAUAACGAUAGAAUUAUCAAUAUCAUACAUGAUUUUCGAAAUCGAGUACGUUUUAUUUAUCUUAUUAUUUCUUACUUUUCCACUUUAUUAUUCGUUUAUUUUUCACCGUGUCACAAACAAGUAUUUGAAGUUCUUUCCGAGAAGAAGGAUGAAACGAAAGGAAAUAUACACGAAGAAAAUUCACAAGAUACCGUUUGAGAAUUGAGAAGUUGAAGGGUGUUACGUGAUUAGGAUUCGAUCACAAGACGUUUGGAUGAAUGAUGCAAAGAUUGAUAUAUAAAGCAAGGGGAUCCGGAAAAAAAGUAUUUAAAGGAAAUCAGCUGGCAAAGUGACGGGGGCGGCCAUCGUUCACGCGAUCAUGGAAUUACAAUCGAAGAUUGACCACGGCGAUUACCUGAGCAGGCUCCAUUGCGAAUCCGAGUCCUUCAAAAUGGACUUAAUCCUGGACAUCAACAGCUGGCUGUAUCCUAUGGAACUUGGUGAUAAAUUUCGUCUGGUUCUGGCUACGACUUUGAGAGAGGAUGGUUAUCCUGAUGGAGGGGAGUGGAACGCGACAGAACAGGAAGGCGGUUCCAGAGCAGACAGUUUUGAAUAUGUGAUGUCCGGUAUGGUUUAUCGAAUUGAAGGUGAUGAAGCAAGCAAUGAACCCAGCAGUAGACUAUCUGCCUACGUAUCCUUUGGAGGAUUGCUGAUGAGGUUACAGGGUGAUGCAAACAACCUACACGGUUUCGAGAUAGACCAACAUAUGUACUUACUCAUGAAAAAAUUAGCGUUCUAACUAUGUUACAUUUGUUAUAAUUAUGUUACAACAAUUAUAACUUAGAAAAUAUGUAUUUUAAAUAUAUUCUUUUUUCAUGAGAAAUUAUUUUAAUAUAUGAAUAUAAGAUAAAGAUAAUUAAACUGAU